UAGUCCAGCACUUUGAGCUGCACCUGUAUAUUUCAGAAAACCAGCAACACACCAUGAGCAAGGAAUCCAGUGAUAGUCGGUACAAUGGCCACAAGCGCUCGCCUGCUUCUGUGGACACAGGACUGCCUGUACCAGUCAGCGACCUUAAGAUUGAGUACACCAAGAUAUUUAUCAACAAUGACUGGCACAAUUCCAGUUGCGGAAGGAGAAUCCCAGUGUACAACCCGGCCACCGGGGAGUUGAUCUGUGAGGUCGAGGAGGGAGACAAAGAAGACAUAGACAAAGCUGUGAAAUUUGCACGGCAGGCUUUUCAGCUGGGUUCUCCCUGGCGUCAGAUGGACGCCUCCGGACGCGGACGUCUGCUGGACAAGCUAGCUGACCUGGUGGAGCGGGACCGGCAGACACUGGCUACGUUAGAGGCCAUUGACUCGGGGAAGCUUUUCCUAACAGCCUACUAUGCGGAUUUGAUUGGUACGAUUAAAACACUUCGUUAUUACGCGGGCUGGGCUGACAAGAUUCAGGGGAAGACGAUCCCAGUAGAUGGCGAGUAUUUCACGUUCACACGGCACGAACCGAUAGGGGUGUGUGGUCAGAUUAUACCGUGGAACUUUCCGUUGCUGAUGUUUACAUGGAAGAUUGCCCCAGCACUGUGCUGCGGAAACACCGUGGUCAUCAAACCGGCCGAGCAGACGCCUCUGUCCGCUCUCCACAUGACAACACUCAUCAAAGAGGCAGGAUUUCCCGCAGGUGUUGUAAAUGUUGUACCGGGAUAUGGACCCACAGCAGGCCAUGCCAUCGCCCAUCACAUGGACAUUGAUAAAGUGGCCUUCACCGGCUCCACGAGCGUUGGAAAACUCAUUAAGAAGGCAGCAGGUGAUAGUAACCUGAAGCGUGUCACUCUGGAACUUGGAGGAAAGAGCCCCAACAUUGUUUUUGCAGAUUGUGACUUGGAACAUGCUGUGGAGCAAGCCCACCAUGGCCUGUUCUUCAACCAGGGCCAGUGCUGCAUCGCAGGGUCCAGGGUGUUUGUGGAAGAGCCCAUUUAUGAGGAGUUCGUGCGCAGGAGUGUGGAGCGGGCCAAGAAACGAGUCCUGGGAAACCCUUUAGUGCCCGGUGUGGACCAGGGACCACAGAUUGAUAAGAAACAGUUUGAUAAAAUCCUGGAGCUCAUUGAAAGUGGGAAGAGAGACGGGGCAAAACUGGAGUGCGGGGGCGGGGCCUGGGGGCAGAAAGGCCUCUUCAUUCAGCCCACAGUCUUCUCAGACGUCACCGACGACAUGCGCAUCGCCAAAGAGGAGAUUUUUGGACCAGUCCAGCAGAUAAUGAAGUUCAGCAGUACUGAGGAAGUGAUUAAGAGGGCAAAUAACACGCACUACGGAUUGGCAGCAGGAGUGUUCACCAACGACAUUAACAAAGCACUCACCAUCUCCUCUGCACUGCAGGCUGGUACAGUCUGGGUCAACUGCUACGGCGCAGUGUCUUCUCAAUGCCCGUUUGGUGGAUAUAAGAUGUCAGGAAACGGAAGGGAAAUGGGUGAAUAUGGUCUGGAAGAAUACACGGAAGUAAAGACUGUGACCAUCAAAAUUCCACAGAAGAAUUCAUAAAUUAAAAUCCCUCGUGGGACUGCAUAUGAAGUACGUUUAGUGGUGCGUGUAGGUUAUUCUUCCAGCUGUUUUGAACGUCGCUAUUAACGGCCAUUAUUUAGUAUGCUUCAGUCUCUGCUGAGUAUGAAUGAGCACGAUGACUUAACUGCUUAAGAUUCGAAAUUAAUUUACAAUGUACAUGAGUUAUAAUUAUUUACAAAUUUCAAGAAAUCUUAAUGCAACUGAACCAUUGUUAUAAAAACAACAGAUGCAGCCAUGCGAGUUAUUUAAACUUUCAGAGUCAUGCAAUAUUUUGCAUAUACCAGUACAUCUUGGUAUAUAUAGGCUAGGCCAAGAUGGAGACAUUCAUUGUUGAUGCUAGGUGUUAUUUUUGAAAGAUUAAGCAGUAUUUUAUGUACAUUACAUCUAUGGAUUCAUCUGUCUUCCAACCAUUAAACCUGGUCAGGGGUUGGAGCCCAUCCCAGGCACAGGGCACAAGGCUGCUUUACACCCUGCAUGGGUUCCAGGCCAUUUCAGGGCAAGAUCAGUUCACAGAGGUAAUUAUGGCAACUGUAGAUAUUUUUGCAUUUUUUUUUUCUUUAAACAUGUGAAACAAACCAUCAUGUAUAACAUUUGAAGAGCAUUGGAUAACUGAUCAUGUUACAGAUGCUAGCCAAUUGGUGUGACGAAGUAAAAUACAGAAGAACGACAAUGUAACACGGAAAUGUAUAAAGUAUAUUAGAAUUUUUAGCUGAAUGCAGAAUUGUUAGUUCAUAGAUUGAUCUUGUAUUACCUCAGUUGCUCAUACAUUAUCUUUAUAUAACAAACAAUGCUAAAUUUGAUGUUUAAUCUUUGAUUAUUAAUGCAUUACUACUAAAAUAACAUAAAUCAAAUAUAUGAUUAAAUAAUGAAUAAAAUCUAUAAAUGUCUCAUUCUGCCCGGAAACAUGGCAGAAGGUGUUUGGAAAAGCUGCUCAGUAACAUUCAGUACAAUGACAUCACAGAAGGCGGAGCACAACAGUUCAUUGUUUUUAUUUCACUGAUGACCUUCUUAUUUUAAGUUUAGAGAUAGUGUUCCGGCUAGCUUCCUAAAUAUAAAUAACUCUUUUGCCCAUUUGAAAUCGGUGUUCCAAUGUGGCUCAACAAGCCGAAGAUGGUAAAUUGAAUAUAAAAGUGUGAUGUGUUACAAUUCUGUUGCUUAAUCGGUGUAUCGGUAGUGACAAUAAAAAUUGCUAAUGCUUAUCAA